AUGCGAAAGAAGCAUAGAAAACGCGCGCAUUUCAAAGAUCCAGUAUUGCGUGCUGCUCUAAACAGAAUUCCUCGUAUAUUCAGAGGUAUAGAAAGUGUAAAUAAGCCAGACGGUGUAUACGCGUCCAUGGACUUUAUUCCCAACGACGAGGAUUUGCAACAAUUACUAGAAGUAGAACAAGAAAAAAAUUCAAAUGACGGUGAGGAUGAAUUUCAGGAAGACGAAGAGUACCUUUUGGAAAUGAGAAACGCGAACUCUCUGGAAAAUUUAGAGCAUCGCAAUAUUCCAAAUGAAUUAUUCCAUAGCUCUCAACCAAUUGGAUCUCCAACGAGGAAUGGAAAUGAUCUGCCUUCCACUUUGGAUUUGUAUAGCUCUUCAAAUGGGGCAUCCAGCAUGGAUUCUAGCAUGGAUGAAGAUACGAAAUUACCGAGUGUGCCAGAUGCUUUAAAGGUUGGAGUCGACAAAGAUCCAGAAAAAAAGGACUUGAGUAGUUUGAAAUCCCGUACGACGAUGGAUAUCGACACUCCCCUGGUCGAUCCCAAGGACAAUUUAUCCCAAAAACAAUCUCUCUUUUGGCAACAAGAUAGGCCUGAAUUACCAAAAAUGAACUUGGAUUUUCCAAAUGAGAAAUUCACUCAUGUCAAUGCUUCCCAGGAAAGCAUUGAUUCUCUAAAUAAUUCAAUCCCUCACCUUUCACACGAUACAAAGCCCUCGUUUUCUUUUAAGGAAGAGUCCGAGUCCGAUACUAAUUCUCAUCCUUUUCUCUUUCCUUCCAUUUCCCAGGAUUUGCAUGAUGCUAAGUCUUUACAUAAUCUGGACAAACCGCUGCCUAAUUCUUAUGAACAUCCAUCGGCCAGUUCUUCUAGCACUUUUGGAUCUGUUACUGCUCGCAGCUCUUCUGGUGCUAUACUUCAUUUUCCCAGACGUUAUAACCGUCAUAUGGAAACUUUACCACAGCAACGUACUGACUAUAAUGCUGAGCUAUCUAAAACCCCUUUCUUUAAAGAUACUUUACUUCGAAAUGUCCAGUCUUGGGCUAAAGAUUUUCAGCUACAGCCCAAAGUGAAGGCCGAUUUGCUUUCUUCAGGGGGCCAUGCAAACAGCACAUCCGCUUCUCCUGCUUCAAAAACCUUGGUGCGUACUGAGGAAAUGUGGGUAGACAAGUAUCGUCCUCAACUAUUUCGUGAUUUAAUCGGGGAUGAAAGAGUUCAUCGAGAUGCUAUGCGUUGGAUGAAAGCUUGGGAUCCGUUUGUAUUUGGUCAUAUCUCUCCUCAUGCCUCAGCAUCACCACGUCAGCUCGCUUUUUCCAAGGCUUCAGCCAAAGAAUCGGGUCGUCCCGAUAGGCGUAUUAUGAUUUUGACAGGUCAGGCUGGUUCAGGAAAGACAACUUUGGCGCAUGUCAUAGCCCGUCAAGCUGGUUAUAAGGUUCUCGAAAUUAAUGCUAGCGACGAUCGUACCGCAAAUACGGUUCAUGAAAAGAUCGGCGCUGCGGUCUCGUACCACUCUGCCUUGUCUUCCCAGCCUACUUGUAUAGUAGCGGACGAAGUGGACGGUGGGGAUCCUGCCUUCAUUCGUGCUCUUGUGACGCUUCUGGAAAGCGAUGAAAAAGCUAGCCUUGCACAAGCUACCUCUAAAUCUAAGAAAAGGUCGAAACAAAAGAAGCUUUGUCGUCCUAUUAUAUGCAUAUGCAAUGAUCUUUAUACUCCUGCAUUACGGCCUUUGCGACCCUAUGCCCAAGUAGUCUAUUUUAAUGCUCCACCCCAAGCAACUUUGGUAGGUCGUUUACGUUCCAUUUGUAGGUCUCAAAAUCUAUCCAUAGACAGUCGCUCCUUAACUUUAUUGACAGAUAUUUACAAUUCAGACAUCCGAAGCUGUCUAAACAGCUUGCAGCUCUUGUCCUUAAAGUCAUCAUCUAUCAACCAGGAAAUGAUUAAGUAUUUACAGCCAAAAUCUAAUUCGUCGGCGAAUUCUGGUCUUUUAUCGUCCCUUCUACAUCGACCUGAUGCGCGUUUCCUUCGAAGUAUAGAAGCAUCACAAAUAUCUUAUUCACACAUAGACACGUUACUUAACAUGAUUGAAAGUGGUAAUGAUGUAGAUGCUACAUUAAUGGAUUGCUUCCACAUUUACUUACAGAUGCCUUUUACGGAUAAUUUGUUCUCGAAACCUGUAAUAACAGCAGACUGGCUCUACUUUUUUGAUCGACUUAAUAAAUUAACAUACGGAGGACAUCAUGAAUUAUGGAAGUAUAUGCCUUAUUCCAUAAUUCACUUUCAUUACUUAUAUGCUUCUGCCAACAAAGUUAAGCUUGCUCGGUAUCCUCGUUAUGAUUUGGAAAUGAUGAAGCUUCGUCGCGACCGGCUCGAAAUUUUGGAUACCUUUAUGUCUUCCUUUAGUCCCAAUGAUUUUGAAUUUUAUAAAAAACAAACCGUGCUUCUAGAUUUAAUAGAUCCUUUGUUAGGCGUCAUCAAUCCUUCCAUAAAAAAGUCUUCCAGAAACUCCAAUGCCGACGAUAAAUUAAAAAUUGAGCAUGCCGUACGGAUCAUAGACCACUACAACCUAAGGCUAAAUCAUAUUCCAAUCGGUGAAGGGCAAUAUACCUAUCGACUUGAACCUCCUCUAGAAGAACUGGUUUGGAAUCCUCCCUCUAGUACGUAUUCAACUAGACAAUUGCUUUCCCAGGAACUUUUUCGAAAACGUCUUGAACAAGUUCAGAAGAACUCUAUACCAAAGGUUUCUUCUUCCGAAUCAACAAAAAAGAAAAGAAAAGAAGCAGGACUUGAAAGAAGUAUACGUCGCGACUUUUUUGGUAGGGAAAUCAAAGUUCCUCAACAAAAUGACAAGAGUCCCGACACAGAGAAGUCUCCAAUUGCUUCAGAGAAAGUCAUUGCUGUUAACUUGAAGUUUCAUGAUGGAUUUUCCAAUGCUAUUAGAAAGCCCAUCUCCCUUCAUGACAUCCUUCAUUUUGAGUAAUUUGUAUAUUAAUAUAAUUCUUUCUUUGCGUUUGUG